UUCAAGGUCGGCCAUAUUGACCUGGAUAAGCGAAGUUCCCAAACAAAGCUGCAAAACAGCAACAAACUGUUGGCAUUUUAACUCAUCAUGGGGAAUAUAUACACGACAGGACCCAACGAAGCCCUUGUUAUUUCAGGUGGCUGUUGUGGUGCCGAGGGCAGAAAAUACAUCAUUGGAGGCUGGGGAUGGGCAUGGUGGCUGGUGACCGACACCCAAAAGAUCUCCCUGGAGGUGAUGACCUUGAACCCUGUGUGCGAGAGCGUGGAAACCUCAGAGGGUGUCCCAGUCACGGUGACCGGAGUGGCACAGUGCAAGAUCAUUCGAGAGCCAGACAUCCUGAAGAAUGCCUGUGAACAGUUUCUCGGCAAAGAUCCUCGGGAGAUUCAGAGCGUCAUCCUGCAGACAAUGGAGGGCCACCUGAGAGCUAUCCUUGGAACCCUCAGCGUGGAGGCUAUCUACCAGGACAGGGAUCAGUUUGCCCAGCUGGUGCGUGAAGUUGCCUCCCCUGACGUGGGUAAGAUGGGCAUAGAGGUCCUCAGCUUCACCAUCAAGGACAUCUUCGACAAUGUGGAGUACCUGUCCUCGCUCGGCCGUGCCCAGACUGCCAACGUCAAGAGAGACGCUGACAUUGGCGUGGCAGAGGCUAAUAGAGAUGCUGGCAUCAGGGAAGCCGAGUGUGAGAAGGCUCGUAUGGAUGCCAAGUUCCAGGCUGACACCAAGGUCGCGGACUCCUCCAGAGCCUACCAGAUGCAAAAGGGCAACUUUGACAUGGAAGUCAAUGCAAGGAAAGCUGAAGCAGAGCUGGCCUAUGAGCUACAAGGGGCUAAGGAGAAGCAGAAGAUCCGUAGUGAGGAGAUCGAGAUCGAGGUUGUAGAGAGACGUAAGCAGAUCGAUGUUGAAGAGAAGGAGAUUCUGAGAAAGGAGAAGGAGCUGAUUGCUACCGUGAAGCGCCCUGCCGAGGCUCAAGCCUAUAAGAUGGGACAGCUGGCAGAGGGUUCCAGGACUCAGACUGUGGAGGUUGCAAGAGGAGAAUCAGAGAAGAUCAAACUGAUUGGAGGAGCAGAGGCUGAGGCUAUCGAGGCUGUGGGCAAGGCUGAGGCUGAGAGAAUGAGGCUGAAGGCUGCUGCGUACAAGCAGUACGGAGAGGCUGCCAUGUUGAACCUUGUUCUGGAGACUCUACCAAAGAUUGCAGCCGAGGUAUCUGCACCACUGUCGAAGACGGACGAGAUCGUGAUGGUGGGUGAUGACCGCACCACUAGCGAAGUGAACCGAUUGGUCAGCCAGCUGCCCCCAGCCGUCCAGGCCCUUACAGGGGUCGAUCUGUCAAAGGUACUGACGAAGAUUCCUGGAGCAACCGUGAGUUCCUAGGUGCCCUGCUGAGACGACAUUGUCAGCUUCAUCCUAGCGCAAUACAUCGUCAGUGUUGCCUCUUCAUCAGACAUUCAUUAUCUGUGUUAGUCGUAGUUACCUCCCCUGACAGCCUGACACUGCAUGGCUGUAUAACAAUCUCAAUCAAAUCAGACCUCAGUUCUCACUACCGCUAAACAAAGAUCUGAGGACAUCCCAUUAUGGGUCACAUCAGAACGACCUUUCAUCCGACUAAUCAAAGGCAUCGCUUACCAGAUUAUGAAAGUGAUAGUCGGAAUGUAAUUUAUGAUCAUGCAGCCUCGAAAACUUAAACUCCGAACGAUAGUUGCGGGUUUAAUGACUGUAUCCAUACAAUCCAUCUAUUAGCCAUUCCAGAAUGUUCUUUUGUUCAGGUUUCAAAUUUGUAAUCGAGAAUUUGUCAAAAUAUGUUUCGAAGCGUAGUCGCCAAUUUGAAAUUAGUGCCGUAAAGCACGAGAAAGCUGCCUUCUGAUUCGCACAAGGUCGGUCUGACGUGACCCAUAAUGGGAUGUUCUCAGAUCUUUGUUUAGCGGUAGCGAGGACUAAGAUCUGAUUUUAAUGAGAUUGGGCUGUACAACAACCAUCAAAUACUAUAAUGGUCAAUUGUCUAACAAGCUAGAAUUAACUCCACAAUUUAAGAGUUCUAGUAGGAAGUGAAUUGAGACAAUCUGAAUUUGCAAUACAGCUGUUUCCUUCUUUGUUUCGCAAAGAGAGACUUUCUGAUGACACUUGCCAGACCGGAUGAGAAAGAAGGAACGUUUAUUCCUACAUUUUAUAUAUUGGAUCUUAUCCAAGAAAUUCAAGCAAAGUAACUGGAUACUUAUACAGGUUGCGACUUUUGUUUUAUAUUCUGAAUUGUGAGAUAUACUAUUAGUGUCUGAACUUUUUGAUGAAGUUCUGCAUGUUGUGAUUUUGCCUCAGCUGUAGGUGAAUUUUUUAGAAAAGAUGGAAUCAGUUUGUGUGUUAGUAUGUUGUGAGAUAAUCUUUGUUGUCGCCAUAUGAAUGUUUAUUGGUUGAACAAACUAUUUAUGAUUUCAUAAUUUAUGAUUAUGCUUCAACGUUGAAUUCUUCAUGUGUCUUGCCUGGAGAUGCGUCAUCUGUAUUGUUCUGGACCAUCAUUUACAUGGCAGUCUGUUCAACAGUGAGAUUUUAUAUUUUUAACAGGACACAUGACUAGCGAUGAAUUAAAGAAUGGCUCCAACCUAUUGCCUUUUAAGGGUUGGUCAGUAAAGCUAGUUUACAAACCACAGGUUCACUGGCUGGUCGGUUAGAACACAUGGACUGACUGGUCGGUUAGAACACUUGGACUGGCUGGUCGGUUAGAACACUUGGACUGACUGGUCGUUUAGGACACUUAGACUGGCUGGUUGGUUAGAACACUUGGACUGGCUGGUCGUUUAGGACACUUGGACUGGCUGGUCGUUUAGGACACUUAGACUGGCUGGUCGGUUAGAACACUUGGACUGGCUGGUCGUUUAGGACACUUAGACUGGCUGGUCGGUUAGAACACUUGGACUGGCUGGUCGGUUAGAACACUUGGACUGGCUGGUUGGUUAGAACACUUGGACUGGCUGGUCGGUUAGAACACUUGGACUGGCUGGUCGGUUAGAACACUUGGACUGGCUGGUCGGUUAGAACACUUGGACUGGCUGGUCGGUUAGAACACUUGGACUGGCUGGUCGGAUAGGGAAAAAAAGCAACAGGACCCCCACAUGAUGUAUCCAGUUUGUAUCCUUAUAGCUGACACUACCCAGGUUGAAUCCAUCUUAUAUCAACUUUACACAAGAUACUUAGCUGUGUGACACACAGAGGCUUCACUUGACACAUAUACUCAACUUUCCAUGUUGCAGUUGUUACUAUGGUUACGAGCAUACACUGUUACCAUGGUCACAAGCAUGUGCUGUCAACCAUUAGCAUUUAUGACGAUAUAUACUGGCUUUUUAUUGUUUUAUGUCACUAGUAAGCCUAUUUAAAGCUAGUUCUUUGUAUAUAUAUCAAUAUUGGCUAUGAAAGUAUUCAUAUUUACUUGUCCUCUCCUGAUUCUCAUGUAUGACAAUUGGCCCCUUUUAAGUCUUAGACUAAAAAAAAUAAUAGACGUUCUUCUCAGGCACUGCCCGCAUCGUGUAAGUGUCCGCUGCACGUUACGUUUUUAUUUCCAUCUUCAAAAAAUAAAAAAAUCCUAAUACUCAAAAACAGUGCAAUCCAAUAUUGUCGAAGCCACACAGUUACUUACCUUAACAUGUGCACACAACUGUUUAUUUAGUUACAUACUAAAAAAAAAACACCUUCCGCCUGCACUAUAUUUUUUAAAAGUCAUUGCCUGAGAACCAAUUCUUUUAUUUUUUUUAAGCCUUAGUGACUAUUCCGAAGCCCCAGUCAAGGAACAUUCUGUUCGGUCUAGUAAGCUCAACUAAUGAUUGUUCAUUUAACAUAUAAGUCAACUGAAAAUGAUGCUCAGAGACAAGUUUGUGCAAGUAGACUAGUUUUUAGCACAGACUUAGUCACAUACUAAAAGUGAACUAUCCUCAUGCUAAAUGUGCAUGUAAAAUACAAAACAUUUCUGAAGUAGAGCAGGCCUUUUCUUUUGUGGAAGAUAUUGUUGGAAAAAUAUUGAAACAUUAAGUCACACCUUGGACCAGUAGAGCUGUUGGAUGUAGUUGAUAGUUAUGGAGGUCAACAUUUAAUUGAGAUUAUUUUAUGGAUAUCAUUCAGAUACCCUGCAUGUUCUCUCUCGUGUUCAUUUAUCAUUUCUACUAGUCAGUGAAUACAAGAAUCUGUCCUAUAUCAAAUAUAGCUUAAGUAUUCAUGUAGCUGAAAAAAAUAAUUCUAAUGAAUUCAGAAUGUUAUCACAAUUGUGACAGGACUUUGACAUGAUUUACUACAAUGAACUAGAACUUAGCAUGUUAAAGAGUAUUCAAGAUUUUCGUAUAAAACAGUUCCUACUGCAUGAUUUGAUCAAGAAAGUUGAUGUAAUCAGUAUUAUCGUCCAUCAAUAUCUGUAGACAUUAGUCAUGUUUAUAAUGCAAGGGAUUUCAUCUCUUAGUUUAUUCUUAAAACAAAUGUGACUGUUGAUUUACUAGUGGUUUUAUUUUGUUUUAUACGUGAUGUAAUCAUUUUCGAUUUUUCAAGGCAUGUGAACCAACCUCUCUGCUCAAUGAGUUAGAUCGCAGCUGUACAGUUUUUACAAAUGAUUUAGUCACAUGUACUACUAGCGUGGCUGACAACAAUCAUGUAUAAUGUUGUCCUUUUUAAUUACAAACUAAUUAAUUAACUUUUACAUUCAAAUUAAAAAUCUAUUUGUGA